AUGCACUGGAGGGCGGACUGCAGAACGGCACAUUCCAGCUCCACCAGCAUGGAAGAGCCUGUCCAAAAUGUCUACCUCCAAAGUCUGUGUCCGCAGGAUGAGCCACAGUUGCCCCUCGUCUCUCCAGGACACACUCCAAGACCAGCAGUAUUAUUUACAAAAUUUUCCAAAUAUCCCCAAGCUAUGGAAUGUCCAGAGAAAUGGAUUGGUGCAAAAGACAAGUGUUUCUAUUUUUCGGAAGAAACCAGAAAUUGGACAGCUAGUAAAAGAUUUUGCAGUUCACAGAGAUCAGAACUUGCUCAGAUUGAUACACCAGAGGAUAUGAAAUUUUUGAAGAUGUGCACAGGAACUUCUAUGCACUGGAUUGGACUGAGCAGAGCACUGGGAGAAUCUUGGAGAUGGACAAAUGGCACUACAUUCAAUGCCUGGUUUGAAAUUAGCGGGAAUGGACUGUUUGCUUUGCUGAACACCGAUGGAGUUUCUAGUUCCAGGGGAUUUAUUGAUAUCAAGUGGAUUUGUAGCAAAUCCAGAUUUUUAAUGAAGGAAAAAAAAACUGGAAAAUGAAUUGCGUAUUUCAAACAUGAAGGAGAGGGCU